AUGGCGGCGCGGCUGCUGCGUGGCCGCUCCGCCAAGCUCAACUUCCCCGGAGAGCGCCCGGCUCCCGUGGCGCUGCCACGUGGCACCGCCGAGGCGCUGCUCCGCGCGAGUAAAGAGGCGGCGAUCAAGCUGCAGCAGGUGGGUGGCGACGGCGGCGGCGGCGCGGGGACUAGCGGCGCACAGCCGCAGAUUCGCGUGGAAUCGGGAGUGGAGCUACGCGCACCAGGCAAGGAGGAGCAUGGCGGACUGAGCAAGGAGGAGCAAAGCGCACUGGUCUGCGGCGGCGGCGCACAGAUGUCGAAAAGAAGCGGCGAGGAAGUCGAGCAGGCUGGGAGCGCGGCCCCACCGCCAAUAGACAUCCUCCCCGCGGCGGCGGUCUCAAUUCUGCAGCGGGCCCUCGCGUCGGAGGGAAGAGACGCGGCGAUGAACGUCCGAACUUCAGCUCAUCAUGUCGCCACGCCUACUCCCACGCCUAGCAGCGCGAGCCAUCAGCGCGUUUCCGCGUGCAGUUCCCCCGAUCCCUGCGGAAGCGACGACACCAGCAGCGCCAGCGCCGCGGAGGAAGAGCACAGCAGCGCAGCCGCGGCUAAGCAGAAACGACGCCGGCCGUCAGCCGCUCCCACCGGCGCCGCUGGUGCCGCGGAGGCAGAGCCGUCGUCCUGGGGACGCCCGUGGAAGCGCGCUGCUUCAGCUGACGCCGCUCUGGAGCACUACACGCAGGCAUAUGAUGGCACUGGCACAGCACCUCCGGCCAAACCGACUUUUCCCGCUUCUGCGUCGGCGCGAGAGGCUGCUCCUGCUGUGCAGGGCUGUGGUGGAGAGGAGGAGGCUGCGGACCUGGCUUGCCGCAGCCGCAGCGUGAGAGCUUCAGGCUCCGCCACUCGCUCGCCGUAUCGCACUGCUUCUUCGGAGAUCCGGACCCUCCGUGGGCGUCUCUCAUGCAGCGCUACACCAGCAGCGAUGCCAUGGGCGGCUGCCGCAGCCACAGCCGCAGCAGCAGCUGCUGCAGCAACUUCUGGUUGCACUGACGCCACCGCGUCUCUCUCCAUCUCUGGCUCCUCUUCCUCUAUUGCCGGUGAAACCACUGCUGUUGCUCCUGCUGUCACUGCUGCUGCUGCAAACACCGCCAGUGGUAAGCCUGUGUCGAAGCGGGCGCUCCAGUUGUCGCGCUCCCUGCCGGCAGCGCAUCGCCGCCCUGCCCCUCUGUCCUCGGAGCACAAGCAUGGCACGCAAAGCUUUUCACGCCUGCUUCACCGAACGGUGCAGAAGCAACAGCAACAGCAGCAGCAGCAGCAGCAGCAGAAGUGGGUACAGCAGCAGCGGGAGCAGCAGGCACAGCACUGGAUCGUGCCAGACGCGGCAUCCCCACACCCCCUCCCUGGACAACUAACCGCCUCUCAACACCCCACUCCUGCCAUGCCUGCUGCACCUGCUGCUCCCACUGUCUCCACUUCUGUCCCAGAUAUCAACUCUACUGCUGAGGAGAAGGAUCAACUCAUGGGUGCUGAUCCCAUGGAUGUUGGGCUGGUGGGGGAAGGGGAGGAAGAGGAGACAAGCUGGG